AAUUAAACUGUUGUUUGGGCGGUGUUUUUAACACAGCAUGAAAUAACGAUUUUUGUGGUGAAUCAAAACAUUUGAUACCGUGAGAGACAAGCGUUUCAAAAUUACUUCGGUCAAUGUUUUUCCUUGCAAUCUAGUGCUCCGGUAUGGCGCCAGCUUUCAAAAAACCGGCGAGUCGCCCAGUGAAAAUGAUUCAACAGGAUAUUGGUGUUCUGGUGGAAAACAUUCGUUCUCGGGUGCAAUCGACGGCGAAAAGACCCGCCGAAGGGCAGAAUUCGAAAUGCACGAAAAAGGUACGAUUUGAGUCGGAUACGCCGGAUUCGAAUACGAAUCAACCACAGCCACACGAGAGACUGACCCCCGCUGAUAAUCCUUACGCAAGGGAGAUCUUCAUGUGUAAGACCAACGUUCGGGAUAUCGCGAAGGGUGUGGUGGAAUCGCAACAGAAAUACGACCCGCUCAAGAAGGAACAGAUGAUCAAGGGCUUCCGGGAUAAGUUGUAUCGAUUUUACGCUAACGAGCCGAAGUAUCGAAUCAGGGAUCCGCUGCAUCGGUUGAGAUUCGAGAGCUGUUACUACGAGUAUCGGUUUUAUUUGGCGUUGAAUAAACCGUUGGACAGCGAAGAGGAGUAUCAGGAGUAUUUGGCGCAAUUGACGGAUGCCGGAGUGAGUGAAUGUUGGGUGAGAAUGAAGGACAGAAAUUUGCUGCUGAAGCAUGAGGAGGCUGUUGUGGCGCAGGUUCGCACGAAAAUUGGCACCAAUUGGAGUGGAAAGUUGGAAAAGUUGGACACUUACCUGAUGGAUUCUCAGCGACGCUAUGAAAAACGCCAUAGGUUGAUAAGUGAGAAGACGAAAUAUGUUUCUAGAAGUUCCGCAACAUCUGUAGAAGAUAAUCAGCUGUUGGAAAAUAUUAUGAACCAUUCCAAUGCAAACCGAAGAUUUUCCAGCAGACAAAUUAUGCAAGUGUUCCCUGACAUCAAGCACGAAUUAGAACAGGCUGAAGUUGUAAUAUUCUCUUGGCUUCUUUUUGACGAUGACGAGCUGAACAAACGGUACAAAUUGGGGAAUUACGGAAGGCAAGUGGCAACCGCUUCUGUUGAUCGUGUUAUUAUCAGUAGUGGCACCUCUGAUGGCGAACGAAGCUUAGAUUCCGAAUGUUCAGAAUUCAGACAAAUGCGUUCCGAAAUGGCAAUGACACAGCCCUCGGAAAUACUUCCAAUGGAGGGAUCCUAUUUCGCGAAUACCGCCGAAGUGAUCAGCGUUUUGGACCCCAUGAAAAAUCUUCCCGAGGAAGUAAUCAAUUUGGUCGAUGUGCAGUCGCUCGAGCAGCCAGUUCUCGAAAAUAAUCUUUCAGCGGAGACGGAAAGCUCGGCGCUGCUUACCCCCGCACAGCAGGAAGUUAUCCUGAUAACCGAUUCUCCCUCCCGGUCACCUAUCGAUAGCGCGAAUCAAUCGAAUGUGAAAGAGGGGGACAUUUUCUAUUCGCUUGAUUACUUGAGAAAUUUCACCAAUGUGAGGGCGGUUGUUAUCGAUGGUUUGAGAAGGCGUUUCAAAGGUCAGCAGCUCGAAAACAAAAUGACACAGAUCGAUAAAUACAUUGCGAGGUAUCAUGAUCGCAACCAGGAAGUCCUCUCGCAGAACAAAUUACCCGAAGGAUUGCGGUUAUUAACACGGAAGGAACGUAUGGAGAAUCGGACGAAAGCGACCGCAAAUAGACCUGCAAUUGCGGAAGAACCAGGCGUUGAAAAUCAGGCGAAACCAACUGAAGUGAACCACGCAAUUCCCGAAAAGCAACGUGUGGAAAAUAUCGAAAGCGCAAACGUAGAUAAACGAUCGAAUGCCGAACAAGAAAAACGACCCUCGGUGUCUCCUGUGGUCCGAUCGUUGGGACACGAAUUCGAAGCCAGAGUUAACAUCCCUCACGUGGACACCCCAAUCGUUCGAACGGUAACAGUUCGAGCCAGAACUAUUCAGUAUGAAGAGGAUGAAUCGUUUGUCCAAGCACCCCAAGUUCCGGAUUCGAUGCCAAUGCCCGAUACGGAGAAUUUCAUGCCAAGCGAUUGCUCGACGCAGAUUCCGUUCGGUGAGUUUGAGAUCCCACCGUCAGCGAUUCCCUUCCCUUCGCCGAAUAAAUCCAAUUUCGGUUGUGCCAUAGCUCCUCAUAGUCCAAUACUCAGCACCGGUUGCAAUGUGUCUUCUCAAAGUCCACAGUGGCAACCACCACCACUGCCCCGGAGAGCAAGUGUACUAUCCAAAUCAUCAGCCGGGGAUCCGGCAUACGAUUCGGAUGUUUCUAAUGUCACGGUUGUGUCCAAUAAAAAUGCCAAAUCACCGACAAAGUCUCCUCGGAUUAAAGUCGAGCUGAACACAACCAGCUACGAGGGCGAGGUGGAAUUUGUUCCUUUGGUUAAUCGAACAAUCGAAAUCGAGGAUUCCAUGGAAGCUUCUAGCCAGAUUGACGCUAAUGAACUCAUCGAGCGUCACGCCCAGAGAGGUGCGGCGGAGGACAGUGUAAUGUUUGGUGUUCCCGCAGUGCUGCAGGGUAUGGUUAAUGCGUUGUUCCAGGAAAACCGGGAUACAACGCUAUCGCAGGGUAGUAGUUCGAAUGACAGCGAUAGCAGACAGGGGACGGUCGAAACUGCACCAGGAACACAGGAGCCAAAUGUGGUGGGGUUUCGCAAUCAUACAGCAACACCCAGGAGACGAAGCGCCACAUAGAGCCUAGUAUCUACCGCGCUACGCAUGAUCGCAUCAUAUCUCACGGACCUCCGUCGGUACCAUCAUUCCGACUAGUUUCCCCACUCAACAGUAGACCUUCGCCCUUUGC